UAAAUCCGUAGCCAAACAACUGCCUGGGUAGCUAAAAACCUGUUCGGUUGGACUAUGUUAGAGAAAACGUGCUUUGACGUUGGAAACCCGUAAUACGGUCCGAAUCACGGUUCCUGCCCAGAGAAUCUACUCUAAUCAAAAAGCAUCAUGUCCGGACGCGGUAAGGGAGGCAAAGUGAAGGGGAAGGCAAAGUCCAGGUCUUCCAGAGCGGGACUCCAGUUCCCGGUCGGUCGUAUCCACCGUCUGUUGCGCAAGGGCAACUACGCCGAGCGAGUCGGUGCCGGCGCUCCCGUCUACUUGGCCGCCGUCAUGGAGUAUCUCGCUGCCGAAGUUCUCGAGUUGGCCGGCAACGCUGCCCGUGACAACAAGAAGACCAGAAUCAUCCCUCGUCACCUCCAGCUGGCAAUCCGUAACGACGAAGAGCUCAACAAGCUGCUCAGCGGUGUCACCAUCGCUCAGGGCGGAGUACUGCCUAACAUCCAGGCAGUCCUGCUGCCCAAGAAGACAGAGAAGAAAGCAUAAGCUGGAACCUCGUCGUCGAGCGCAAAAAACGGCCUUUAUAAAGGCCACCACUUAUUCUGUCGUUUUUACACUAGCUAUACCGUCCACGUGUGUCAUCUCCAAUUCAUUUGCUGUUCACAUUAUUACCUACUCCGUUGGUUUGCCGUCCAUCGUUCAGAUGUUGACAUGAUUAACCUUCGUCAUUUGCAAGUUAAUUGAAUUCAGGUAUAUCAGUUAAAAUACAAUAUUCUUAAGAAAUACGACCAAAGGAGCGCAUCUUAACACUCUUGUUGAAGAUUUAAGACACCAAGUACCAAAUACUUGCAAUCAAAACUGAACACUUUUUUCGUUCGAAAUAAAAUGAGAAAGUCGAGAAUAACAUUUUUUUUCCCCUUUUUUUUCUUUUCAUAUAAUAACAUCUUUGGAUUUUUAAAACCUGUCCAUACGAAACCGUUGUACUGUACGUAUGUUCUAUAUGGAUAAAGUAUUGUUUUCGUAAAAAAUUUAAGAACUGAAAAAUAUGAUUUUCUAACAAAAUGGCCCAAACUAUUACUUUAAGUUAUGCACAAAAUGGUACGACUCCCAUUUAUGUAAAAAUUACGGUCCUAAAGUUAUUGU